CGGACCGUCGCCCAAACUAAAUUUCCCAGUGAAACUGAGGAAAAAGAAGUGAACAGAAUGGAGCUCGGAUUCCGGCGGGGAAGUCUAUCCAUAGAUUCCAUCGUUCUUACGCCAAUUAAAUCCAACUCGAAUUAAGGAUUUUUAGCAAAUAGUGUAUCGUGGUUGCCGGAAUGAUUUUUUGGGGUCGGACGCUGUCGCCGGAAUCGGGACUAGGGUAUCUGGUUCCGUCGCCGGAAAAGUUCUGGGGAAGAAAUGUUGUUGGAGAAGGAGCAGUGAGAGGGACUCGGAGCUAUGGCGCUUCGUAUUCCUAUACCUUCGGGGUUACGUUGAUCAUAUUCAUUUGCCACUUGCUCAACAAAUUCCGAUGUUUCCGACGUCUCAUGUCUUCAUUGUUGUAUUAUUCUCAUUCUUUGUGCGGAUCAAGCGGCCAACGAGGAGCUGCUCCUUCAUAUCCAGGCUCUAUCCGUGAUCCUGCAUCACAUAUUUCUUCAUCCCUUCUUCCCCAAUCUAGGAUUUCUACAAUCAUAUCUGAUUUGGACCUGAAGAAUUUGAUAGAAAACGUGGACGAGAAGCUCCAUGAUAAUGAAAGGUGGGAACAUGUCAUUGACCGGCGAGAAGAUCUUUUUUCCUACACAGCAAAAUGUUGUAAGCCAAAGGAUGGGCCUCAUAAGUAUUUAAGUACUACAGUAUUUGAAAAUUGCUCCAUUGAAGUGCUGAGAGAUUUUUACAUGGAUAAUGAUUACCGGAAAACAUGGGAUAAAACCUUAGCAAUGCAUGGUCAGUUACAAGUGGACAAAGACAGUGGGACUGAAAUUGGCUGGAUGGUAAAGAAGUUCCCCCUCAUGACUCCUAGAGAGUACGUAUUAGCUUGGAAAAUCUGGGAAGGCAGCGAUGGAUCAUUCUACUGUUUUUGCAAGGAGUGUGAACAUCCUCUAGUCCAUAGACAGAAGAAGUAUGUGCAGGUUGCACUAUACAGAUCUGGCUGGAGAAUCAAGGCAGUUUCGGGUACAAACAAUGCCUGUGAGAUCAAAAUGGUUUACCAAGAAGAUUCUGGUAUGAAUGUUGAAAUGGCAAAGCUGGUUUUUGCAAAGGGCAUAUGGAGUUAUAUUUGCAAGAUGCACACUGCACUUCGCAAAUACUCAACAGUAGACCGUUCUCGACUAACCUCAGGCGUGAGUGCAGUCACUUUAAUUCAGAAGGUCCCAACCGAGUUGGAAGCUAAUAGCAGCACAACCAACACAAUCCAAGCAGGAACCUCCACAAGUAGGGACCACCUCCAUCCCGUAUUGCCAUCCCAUGAAACCUUCGCAAAGAAGGUGACGAGUAAGCGACCAAUCAAAUUGUUGAAAAAUGCAUUUCUGGUCUUAGGGGGCGCGGUCUGUUUGUGCCGUGGCCAUUCCAACUUUGGCAUGAAGGUCGCCGUGUUAUGCAUCUUGGUAAAGCUUACGGCGAAGCAAAGUGCUUCGCAAGAAGCAAAAGCCAGGGGGAGAGCAGCUGGUGCUCAUUGUCAUCAAGAUUUUGGGACGACGAUCCAAUGAGUCGACCAUAUAGAGAUUAAUGAAUGAUAUUGUCUGACUUUUGUAUAACUUUGAGCAAGUUGCUCACUUAUUGCUGGAAAUUUUCAGUUUGAGGCGUUGCGAAUUUGCUUGUUGCUCGUCUAAGUGUUAUUGUUUUGUUCAUCUUUUUCGUCAACCCGCUUGAUGUGUUUGUAUGAUUUCUAAAAUUAAGACAAGAUUCUCUAAAUUUUGAAUUUUCAAUAAAUAAGCUAACUUUUA